AUGGCUCAGAUCCAUGGAAACUGUGACCCCAAAUUCAACGAGGUUCGCUCUCUUCUUGAGAAGUACCUCGAGUCAGGCGAAGAAGUUGGUGCGUCAAUAACCAUUGACAUCGACGGCAAAGAAGUUGUGGAUAUCUGGGGUGGACACGCAGACAAGGAGCGAACCAAGCCAUGGGAAAAAGAUACAAUCGUCAAUGUGUUUUCGUGCACAAAGACAAUCACCAGUCUCGCGGUUCUCAUGCUCGUCGACAGGGGAUUGAUCGAUGUCAAUGAGCGCGUUUCGCACUACUGGCCUGAGUUUGAGCAGAACGGCAAACAGGAUGUUCUCGUUAGGCAUUUGCUGGGUCAUACGUCUGGUGUCUCAGGCUGGGAAGAGCCGCUGUCGACUGAAGACAUGUAUGAUGUUGAAAAGACAACUGCGAUGCUGGCAAAGCAAGCUCCAUGGUGGACUCCCGGAACGGCAUCGGGAUAUCAUGCAUUAUGUUCAGGACAUUUGCUUGGAGAACUGGUUAAGCGCGUUUCUGGAAAGUCACUACGCGAGUUUGUGGGCACUGAGAUCGCAGGUCCUUUGGAUGCGGACUUUCAGAUUGGCGCGGCGGAGAAGACCUGGGACCGCAUCUCUCCCAUCAUCCCUCCGGACUUUACGGGAGUUAUGCCAGAGUUUGAAGAGGGAUCAGUUCAAGCCAAGACGCUACUCAACCCACCACUCGAUCCUAAUUCUGUUAACACCGGGCCUUGGAGACAAGCUGAACUUGGCGCUGUGAACGGCCACGCCAACUCUCGCUCACUGUCGCGUAUCCUCUCCGCAAUCACUCUGGGAGGCUCAACCCAAGGCAAGAAGAUACUGUCGGAGGAGACUAUCAAGUUGAUUUUCCAGGAACAGUCUAAUGGAAAGGACUUGGUCCUUGGAUUACCGUUCAGACUUGGCAUUGGAUAUGGACUAACGCCAUCUGGUGCACUGCCUUGGAUACCGGAAGGUAACAUCUGUUUCUGGGGCGGUUGGGGGGGUUCGACUAUUAUUAUGGAUCUGGACAAGCGUAUGACGAUUGCUUAUGCUAUGAACAAGAUGGGUGAUGGGCUUGCCCAAGCCCUCACAGAUCGAAAACCUAUGAGCGAUAGCAUGUCACUGCGCGAUAUACGACAAUCGAUGAAGAGAGACCCAGACGGACAUGGCAUAAGUGCACUGGGCUUUGAUGGUGUCCUUCGUACGUUUGACGCUGAACGGAAUGUUCUUGACGCCGUUGGCCUCAAUCCAGCGCAGAUCAGAGAGUACUACGAUGGUUUGCCAAUGCCCGAGAGAUUCCUCACUGCCGACUGCCGGAGUGUAUCCCGCCAGAAUAUGUUUAACCCCAACGCGGAGGAUAUUCCUAGGAAACCUACAGAGGAGGAUAGAGCUAGAACUCGGGCAUAUAAUGAGGCAUUGAAAAGGCGCGGAGUCUCAUGCUGUGUUGCGGACAAGUCAACUGAUGGUGGCGAAUCAUCCAGCUGA